AUGGGUGGAGGACUAGCAGCGGAUGAUUUUGCAACUGAUCCAAAAACUUGCAAGAACCCUAGUCCUUCUCGGGAAAUGGGAAAAGUGCAACCGGGAAUAGCAUCCUUGGAAGAGAGGCCUUCAAGGCAAAAGGAAGCGCAGCAGCUGUUACCAAAGAAUGUGAGCUACAAGAUGUUAAGCGACGAAACGGACAGAUCAUCAGUGUUAUUGAUACUCCUGAUUAACAACAUCGUGAUUCGUUCUGCAGGCCUGUUUAGCUUGUUCCCCUCAAACGAGUCUAUUAUUCAAGAGAUCUUGAAAUGCUCUAGUCUAGCCAAAGAAGGGAUCGACACGGUUCUUUUGGUAUUUUCCUUGAGAAACCGGCUAACAGAAGAAGAGAAAUCUGUGUUGAAAAUCCUUCUCGGGAGUGAUAUUAUGGACUACAUGAUCGUAGUUUUCACCAAUGAGGAUACACUAGUUGAUCACAAUGAAGGACUAUUUGGAGGGCUCUCCUCAUUUCAAGGUCAUUGUUACACUGUAAUUACUUAUUAUCUUCAUGUUGUAAACGCAAGUGAAGCCAACUUUUUACAUCUAUCAGUUGAUCUGUUUUUGGUUCUAGGAAAUUCUCACGGCGGAAAACCGGAAAACAAGGCCGUGUUUGAAGAAAAGCAGAAAAAGAUUAAAGCAAUGAAGGAAAAGGCAGAGAAUUCCCGAGUUUAUUGCCUACGGUUUCUGGUGGAGACUAAGCUAAUAGAAACAGCGAGUCGGCUUGAGCAGAAACUGACCGAGGAGCAAACCGCUAGACUUGAAGCGGAGAAAAGGGCCAAAGAACUCCACCAAGAAUCCAGCGAUGAGAUUAAGAGGCUGACAAAGAAACUCGAGAGGGCGGAGAAGGAACUAGAGAAAAAGGGAGGAAAUUGCGGCUUCUUCCAACUGAGAGAUCUCAACACUCAUUUGAGUUUCAUUGCAGCUUCAAGGUUCUUUCUUCAGGCAAGAUUGGAAACAAUGGCAUUCGAAUCGUCUGACGUAAAAGUGGAGGUUGGUCGUCCUGAAAGAACUCUAGUUCUGGUUGGUCGAACAGGGAACGGUAAAAGCGCAACGGGAAACAGCAUCCUAGGUGAAUCUAAGUUCAUGUCAAAAAGAAGAGGAGGAUCUAUUACAAAACAGUGUCAGCUUGAAUCCAAGAUACUGAAUGGUGUUAAAAUCAAUGUCAUAGAUACUCCUGGUCUGUUUAGUACUUCCUCUACGGCAGAAUUUACCGUCAGAGAAAUCUUUCGAUGUUUAAGCUUAGCGAAAAACGGUAUCGAUGCAGUGCUUCUGGUUUUCUCUGUGAGUACUCGGCUAACAGAUGAAGAACUAUCAACGCUUCACACAUUAAAGAUCCUUUUCGGGCGUGAAAUCGUUGACUAUAUGAUUCUUGUUUUCACACAUGGAGAUGCGUUAGAUGAUGGAGAUACUCUGGAUGACUAUUUGGAAGGAAGUACUGAGUUUCAGGAAAUUUUCAAUGAAUGUGGUAACCGUAAGGUAGUGUUUGACAAUAGGCCUAGUGUCAAUAAAGAAAAGAGAGAAAAACAAGUCCAAGAUCUUCUCAACCUCGUCGAACAAGUCUCAGAGAAGAACAAUGGUAAAUCAUAUAUGGGUGACUUAUCACUUAAGCUAAAGGCGACUGAGGUUAAUUACCAAGAAAAGUAUAAGGAGAUUGCAGCAAUGAAAGAUAUGUCUUCUAAACAAGAGAUAUCUCAGUCGAUGAAGCAGUUAGAGAAGUCAUAUAAAGAAAUGGUUAAGGGACUAGAAGAGAAGGUCUCUAAUCAACUGAAGGAAUCAUUGAGCGAUCUGAAGGAACAACUAGCUAAGGCACAAGCCGCGAGAGCGGAAACCACGAAGAAGCUGAAUGAAAUUCAGAAACUAUCUUCUGAUGAGAUCAGGAAGCUGAGAGAACAACUCAACAAAGCUGAGAGAGAAACUGCUUCUUUGCGAACAGAGCUCAACAAGAAAUGCUCUGUUCUUUGA